AUGAUAAAGGAAUUCAUCAUUGUGGGUUGUCUCAUGGCGACCGGUCUGGCAAUGCCAUCCGGGAAGCAAGUUCCACAGGUGCUUCUUCAACGGCCAGUAGAUGAUCUGGAAGUUGCUGAAACGGCUCAAUAUGGCGGUGAUGGUUUCGGAGGAGGCGGCGGCUUCGGAGAAGGAGGUGGUUUCGGAGGAGGUGGUGACUUUGGAGGAGGCGGUGGUUUUGGAGGAGGCGGCGGUGGUGGUUUCGGAGGGGGCGGUGAUUUUGGAGGAGGCGGUGGUUUCGGAGGAGGCUGUGGCUUUGUAGGAGGCGGCGGUGGUGAAUUCGGAGGCGGAAGUUUUGGUCAAGGAGGAGGAGAAUUUGAUGGUGGGGGUGAAAAUUAUUCAUAG